AUGAAUCUUGAAACGAUACGCAUAGUCGUUCCACUACUCCCCCUUAUUCUUCGCCAAUCCUUCUUACACGUCCUUCACCUCUCCGAUGCAUCCAAGCACCUCGACCUUCGAAGCGCCCUCAUAAUCGCCUGUCUCCGCGUUAUACUCACACCCAAAACCCCCCGUAGUAUAUCCGCAGUCCAAGAACUUACUCUCCGCGAUCCUGGAAUCAAGGGUCGUAUAUGGGUUAGCAAGUACGCCAGCCCACCACCUCCCGAGACAUCAAUCCGCGAUGCCCUCAUCGCCGCCCUCCAACACACCGGAGGCUCCACCUGCCGAGCCCCCGUUCCCGACCUGGUUGAUGUCGAGGCCGAGUGGACCGGCUACCGGAGUGGUGUAUCCAGUGGCGCUCCGUUGCCUGACGUGUCGGAGCGGGAGAGGUAUCACGGCAUGAUGCGGGACUGCAAGCGUCCAACAACUGUGCUGUACUUGCACGGCGGCGCUUACUAUCUCUGUGACCCAGCUACACAUCGUCCUACGACGAAGAAGCUGGCCCAGUUGACGGGUGGUCGGUGCUACUCUGUGCGAUAUCGUCUUGCGCCUCAGCAUCCGUUCCCUGCGGCGUUGCUGGAUGCGUUUGUGUCUUAUUUCACUUUGCUGUACCCACCUCCAGAUGCUUACCACGACCCUGUGCAACCAGAGCAUAUAGUGAUAGCUGGUGACAGCGCUGGCGGCAAUCUUUCACUCGCGCUACUUCAACUCAUCCUCGAACUCCGACGACAGGACUCUCCAAUCUUGUGGCACGGCGAACUACGCCAGGUUCCCUUGCCAGCUGGCUUGGCACUAAACUCUCCAUGGCUGGACGUUACACAAAGCUCUCCGACGUGGGAAGCAUCCACGCCAACACCAUUCGACUAUCUCCCCAAGCCCGAGAACGUGAAUCAGCUCGCGAUACCUCCCUGCAAGGCAUGGCCGGCAAACCCACCAAGACGCAACCUGUACGUCGCCGACGAGCUCGCCGCCCAUCCACUGGCCUCUCUUGUGAUGGCGCGCAGCUGGAAAGGGGCGCCGCCCAUCUACCUCUGCACGGGAUGGGAGAUUCUCGCGUACGAGGACAAGUACCUCGCGCGCCAACUCGAAGCCGACGGGGUACGGGUGGUUUUUGAGGAAUACGAGGGCAUGCCGCAUUGCUUUGCGAUGAUGCUGCGCAAUGCUCCCGCCACGCCGCGCUGUUACAACGGAUGGGCGUCGUUUAUAAGUGCAGCGGUUGAGAAUCCUGGAGGCAUUGAGUCGAGUGCUGUCAUGAUCAAGUCCAAGACUUGUGAGGAGGCGCCGUUGAGGUUUGAUCAAUUGAGUGAUGCUUCAGAAAAGGAGUUCAGACAAAGGGUAUUGCAUAAAACAGGGUUGGAAGAUGGGGAUAUAGAGAUACCCAUGGCUAAGCUGUGA